AUGAGAAAUUAUUGGUUGUUAUUAUUUACGGCACUUGCAGCCUUAGCGUAUGCAAAUGACCAACAACCACACGAUAUCAGUCGAAAUGUGGCGGUUAAGGAGGGAAACCACUUGAGAGUCGACCUGAAUGAGACCUCCUCCGAGGAGCUCAUGGAUAAAUGGUUGUCCCAAGCGUUCUCCGGACUAAUGGCUGCUGUCGCAUCGAAGAAGAUCUCCAAAGUGUCAGCAGAACAUCAGGAGUUGAUUCAAAAGUGCUCGAAGGAGGCGAAAGAUGUUCCAUCGCAUGCGAAGUGUAUUGUCAAGUUGAUGGACGAAGCGGAGAAGAAGAUUCAUGUGCCAAAGAACCGAAAACCAUAUCAGAAAGUUGUGAAGACAACGACAGAAGAGCCAAAAGAGAAUAUGGAGUGGAUUGGAUCCUUUGGUACCGCCCGUGCCAGAAGAUCUUCAGGAUUCAAUGUCGUUCAAAAAGACAACUACUCUCUCAGAUCCACAGACGACAUGGAUGGUAUGACCCGGUUGGCAAAGUCAAUGACCAAUACAGCGCGAGUUUUCAAGAAUAAAACGGAGAAGUCGGAACCAUGGAUAGAAGCUGUCGGACGGAUAAAGAAGUUGAGAGAGGAGGCGAAGAGGGAGAAGAAGAAUCGAGAUAUCAUGAAGAAGAGACUCAGACAAAUGAUUGAUAACACUCCAGCUGAGUUCAUUGAUCCAAGAAAACCAGUGGCGUUGAAGCAGGCGGAGAUGGAAGACGAAAAAACGGAAAUCUCAAAAAUGAUGCGAAAAAAGGAGGCGGAUGAGAUCCGUGUGCCACUCAAAUUCCUGAGAGAAGCCGUCAAGACAGCAAUGAUGCUCGGAGGCAAAAAUGUGUCGGAUUUCGAUCAGAAGACGCUAAAAAUGGUCUCCCCAAGAAUUAUGUCGAUUGUUCCAGAGCAGGAGGAUGACAGUUUGUUCAACCUCCUCUCCCCAUCCCUGUUCUCGCUCCAUGACGAAGGAGAAGGCGUCGAGAAGCUCACCUCUCUUCCGCAUUUGUUGAAAAAACUGGAUAAUCACGGACAGAAUGCCUGGAUGGAUUUCAUUGUAGAGGCGGCUGGUGUCAGUGAUCAUGUCACAAAAACCGAGAAAACGUUCAGAGAGAAAAAAGAAAAAGAGUUGAGGGGACCAGAUGGAGUGCCACUUUACUUCACCAAGGAAAAUGCAACAAAAAUCAUCGGAGAAGAAGAAAAAUCAAAAAUCGAGGUGUUCGAGUACCUUGACAAGUCGUACGACGAGAAUCAGAAGAAGAAAUUGAAUGAGGAUGGAUUCGCCUUCCUCACAGAGCAUCAAAUGGAGAAGUUAUACGGAAAAGGGUCCCCAUAUAACCAUACGAAGGCGUUGAAGAAAUUCAAGAGACUCAGAGAUGAUCCAGAGAGAUAUAUUGAGAAGGACAUCCGCGCCCUGGCCGAAGCCGAGAAGUUCCGUGUUGCCCGUCGUGCAGACAUCGUCGGCUCCCCAUUCAUCCUCACGCCACUCACCUUCGCCUCAGUGCCUCUCUCCAACAAAUUCAUCGUGCUCUCCCCACUAGUCCUCUCUCCAAUCACCCUCUCCCCGGCAGUUCUCGGACCAAUCAUCUUGUCCCCUUGGGUGUUCGUCCCACUCGUUCUGUCGCCUCGUGUCCUGUCCCCUCUUAUCUUGAAUCCAUUGGUAUUCUCUCCAAUCGUCCUGUCCCCUCUGGUACUCCAUCCACUUAUCUUGGUACCAGGAGUCUUCAAUCCGAUUAUUCUCUCACCACUUCUAUUGUCCCCACUGAUUCUCUCUCCUCAAGUGUUUACACCACUCAUCCUCUCGCCAUUCGCAUUGAAUCCUCUUAUUCUGACACCUAUGGUUGGUUCCCCAUUGGUACUCUCUCCAUUUGUCCUGUCACCUAUCAUUCUGUCACCACAGGCACUGUUUGCUGUGGUACUGUCACCAUAUGCACUGUCACCACUUAUAGAGUCGAAACUGAUUGCUGCUGAAGUCGUGUUGUCGCCUUCAUGGCUGUCAUAA